GGAGGAACCCCGGACGAAGAAGAAGAAGAAGAGCUUGAAAAGAAGGACCACCCUCGAUGGCCGGAACCGGAGCCGGAAGACGGGCCAACGGGGGAAACAAGGCUGCGAUGACGAGGCGGACACCCACCCGACAGACCCUCGCUCGCUCUCCACCAAUGGGCGCCACCGGCACAGGAGGAGGAACCCGAAACGACGACGAAGAAGAAGAAGAAGAAGAAGAAGAAGAAGAACUGGAAAAGAACAACACGGCCCAGCUGGAGGACGCUCAUGGUGGGCUCACGUACGCGUUCGUCGACGGCGUACGGACAGAGCGCGUAUCGGGCUCCAAACGGGCGGGCGACGACGAACGGAUCCGGCCAGUAAUCAGCGAACCGUGAGUAGACUGUGUUUGUGUCAGCGAGCGCGCUUGUGUUUGCUGGCGAAUUCGACCGGGAUCGGACC